GUAGUUCUCUAGUCGUUCAUUUCCUGCUUAUCAUUUGUUGGCGUUGCGUUGCUGCCGCUCUCUCAUUCACUUUUUUUUGGCUAACAGCGACGUGUAAAGACGAGUUAGAUUUUAUUCUAGCAGCUAAACUUUACAAAAAAAACAACAAUGUCUCACACUAUUCUUCUUGUUCAACCAACGAAGAGACCAGAAGGGAGAACGUAUGCUGACUACGAAUCGGUCAACGAAUGCAUGGAGGGCGUGUGUAAGAUGUACGAGGAGCAUCUGAAAAGAAUGAAUCCCAACAGCCCUUCCAUCACCUACGACAUCAGCCAGCUGUUCGACUUUGUAGAUGACCUGGCAGAUCUCAGCUGUCUUGUCUAUCGUGCAGACACGCAGACCUAUCAGCCAUACAACAAAGACUGGAUCAAAGAGAAGAUCUAUGUGCUUCUAAGGCGUCAGGCGCAACAGGCUGGGAAGUAGAAACUUGACAGACGUGACUAGUUGAAGAAAGUGUGUGUUUGCGUGUGUGUGUGUGUGUGUGUGUGUAUGUGCUGUGUGCGCGUGUGUGUAUCUUGUAAACUUGUGAUUUGAGUUGUUUUGGGGUGGGGGCGUACGGGUAGGUAUUGCCUGGAGACAAACCAUGUACUCAUCUGUGCUGUUUUCUUUUGAAGUUAUUUGGUGAUUUGUUUUCCUUCCUGAUAGUGUGUAACUCAGUUUUUAUUUCUAUUCUGUUCCCUUCAAAACUGCUCAUCUGUGGCUGUUAUCUUUUGAGAUUUUGGCAGACCUCGUGCAAGGUCUGUGACAGAUGGACUGACUGACUGACUGAAGAACGGACAGACGGACUUUUAAACUGCGAUGUGAGAUGUAAACUUUUAAACUCACGAUUGACGAGAUUGCACAGUAUAUGCCCAGUUUAAGACGGUCAAUAGCAGAAGAUAACAUCUGUUUACUGACUUAACAUGGUGAAGAAAGCUGUACUGUAUGAGAAAUGGCCUGCAGAAGACAUUUUUCUUGGUCUCUGCCCGAUCAACAUCCCUCCCCCACUCACCCCAUGAUGAUCACUAUAUAACAAACCAUUUCAGUGGUGAGGGGAGACUUAACAAGAGUUCAUGUUUUGGAAAGACACGGUCAAAUGGCGAUAAGAAGUGUGUCAAAGGAUCACUGCUACCAUUUGUUCAAAGAUGUUAUACCUAUUACGUUAUUAGCAGAAUGAUACUUGAUCAUCAGGAAAGCAACAACAUGCAUCAUUAUUUGCUGAAAUGCCAAUUUUAUUUCUUUUCUCUUGCAUGUCAGUGCUUAAUGAUGUUUUGUCAAUUACGGACCCAGUUGUAUAAACCACUUUGUUUUUGGAGGCCUUUUGUAUUCUUCUGGUACACAUUUUUGUUUGUUCUUUUGGUUAUUUUAAUUUAAAAAGACAAAAUGUGUUCGCAUUGUCCAUUGAACUGCUGAGGUGAUGAGUUUUUUUAAAUGACAACUGUGUUGGUCCUCAUUUUGUUUAUUUGCAUUAUUAUGAGGUAACCAUUUUUCAUGUAUUUAGCAUCGGUUGUAAUAUUAUUAUUUCUCACAUGUUGCAUUCAACCCAGUUUGAUUAAUUGUGAAUCCAUUAAAAAGGUUUUGUCAUAA